AUGGAGGUGGUUGCGCUCGUUGCUGCUGUCACCACCAAGAUCCAGUCCAUCAUGGUCAUCGACAACCGCUCCCUCGCCUCGUCCAUCCCCGGCGGCUACAAUGCCUCGUAUGAGCUUCUCCUCCUCGUCUUCCUACAGACCAUGCUCUCGGGCACGCGGCUGAGCACAAUGUCCCUCGGGUACGGUGACAACACCUGUCCGAGGCAGGAACUUGACCGCAUGGCCCUGGACGUGACUGAGGGUAAGGGCGAUGCCCGCGUCGUGGCCAAGCUUCAGCGCCGUCAGGCCGCCCAUUAUAAUUGCAUUGAGGGGCUUGGCAUUUUCUGUGCCGCCGUCGUUGCGGGAAACACCGCCGGCCUCGAGGCAUGGUACAUGAACAUGAUCGUGUGCCUCUACGUCCUCCUCCGCACCGUCUACGUCCUGCUUUACGUCAACACCACUACUGGUCGGUGGAGCAUUCUUCGUUCGGGUACUUGGAUCAUGUGCAAUGCUUGUUGGAUCGUCACCGUGUUCCGCGCUGGACACGCCAUGAACGAGGCCCGCCGGCGGUAG